GGAGCCGCCCCUUCCAGGCAGGCGGGGUGGGGGCGCUGGGAAGUGCUUGAGAUGGGACUUUGUCCUGCCCUCUCGCACACCGGCUACGGCCCCCGCCAUGGCUCGCAACUUCGAGCUCCUCUUUGACUCCCUGGGACACUUCGGCAGAUACCAGGCGUGGGUUUAUUUGGCAGUUGCCUUUCAGUCUAUUUCUUGUGGCAUCCACUACUUAGCUUCUGUCUUCUUGGCUGUUACGCCAAAAUUUGUAUGCAGUGUCCUUGGAAAUGUGAGCAGUGUUCUGAUUUACAAUUCAUCUGUUUCAAAAAUAGAGGAUGUUUGGACGCUGUGGACAUCAACACAAAGUUAUAUAGUGGUCCACCUGGAAAAUGGAGAAGUUUGGGAACUUAAUCAAUGCAGCAGGUCCAGACGAGAGGAUGUUUUGGAUUUCACUUAUGAAUACAAUGGCAACAAGACUGAUUUUACAUGUACUGAUGGAUUCAUCUAUGACCGGACCAAAUGGCAGAGCACCAUUGUCACAGAGUGGGAUUUAGUCUGUCAGCGGGAAUGGCUUGCAAAACUAACUCAGCCCACAUUCAUGCUGGGAGUCCUUUUUGGAGCUGUGAUUUUUGGAGACAUUGCUGACAGAAUGGGGAGACGACCUGUAAUAUGGUUUACAAGUACCGGACAGUUUUUAUUUGGUAUUGCAGUGGCAUUCACAUUUGACUACUAUAGUUUUGUGAUUGUCCGUUUCCUCCUUGCAAUGGUUUCAAGCGGUUAUCUGGUUGUAGUGUUUGUUUAUGUGACGGAAUUUAUUGGCAUAAAGGCUCGCACGUGGGCAUCCAUGCAUGUCCAUGCAUUUUUUGCUGUGGGGAUUAUGGUUGUGGCCCUGGUAGGCUAUUUGGCUGCGACCUGGUGGGUCUACCAGAUAUGCCUUUCCAUAACAACUCUCCCCUUUGUCUUGUGUUGCUGGACACUCCCAGAAACUCCCUUCUGGCUGCUCACGGAAGGAAGAUAUGAGGAAGCCCAAAAAGUAAUUAAUGUAAUGGCAAGGUGGAAUAAAGUAAGCACUCCUUGUAAAAUUUCUGAACUGUGUUCACUCCAAGGCGAUCUAGUCAGUAGCACAACUGGUGAUAAUGACCAUUCUCCCAUGAAGAAGCACAACAUCUUAGAUCUGUUUCGUAACUGGCACAUUGCAAGAAGGACCAUUACAGUUUGGCUGGUUUGGUUCACUGGGAGUUUAGGAUAUUAUGUAUUCUCCCUCAGUUCCGUGAACCUUGGAGGCAAUGAAUAUUUAAAUCUUUUCCUCAUAGGUGCUGUGGAACUUCCUGCAUAUGUCAUCGCUUGCAUAGGAAUGGACAAACUGGGAAGAAGGAAUACGUUGAUCCCAUUCCUCAUAUCAAGUGCUGUGAUCUGUGCUCUGUUAAUGUUGAUACCUCAGGAUUUCAGAAUACUAAAUAUCAUAGCAAAUAUGGUCGGGAAGUUUGCAAUAGGUGUUGCGUUUGGCCUUAUUUAUCUGUAUACGGCAGAGCUUUAUCCAACAGUUGUAAGGUCCCUUGCUGUUGGAAGUGGAAGCAUGAUGUGCCGUGUAGGAAGUGUGGUGGCACCUUUCUGUGUCUAUCUGUCAAGUGUUUGGAUUUUUAUGCCACAGAUGAUUGUUGGAAUCAUGGCCUUUCUGAGUGGAUUAUUAACAUUGAUGCUGCCAGAAACUCUUGGAAAACCACUGACAAAUACUUGGGCAGAAGCUACAGAAUUGGGUGCCAACAGUGGCACAGAAAAACAUCCUGCAGCACAGAGUGGUACAGCAUCAGAAAAGAUUGAGAUGCUGAGCCCAGAGACACGUGGCUUAGACAACUAACAGUGCUGUUUUCAUCUUAGUUAUCAUGUUUUGUAUUAAGCUCCUUUACUGGCAGUAUCCAAUAGCAUCGAUAGUACAUGAGCUGUAUUCUAUGAACUCUCUUGCCAUAUCAAGAAAGGAGAUAUAAAAACAAGACACUUACAGAAAAUCUUUUGGAGUUGCUCUGAAGUAUCUUGGUAAUAUUUGGAACAAAUCAUGUUUAUAUUAAGAGGUGUUUUGUGAGAUUCAUAAAAAAUACUUGAGCUGUAUCUUUCCUGUCCUUCUGCCUUCUUUUGUCACCUCAUUUUACAACCCUGUGUUGACAACAAAGGCAGGACUGUGAUUUGGUGCCUUCAUGCACCAAAGCCUUAAGGCAGAGCUUGCAGAGCAGAGGAAAAAACUAUUGUAAUUGAGCAGUGAUCUCUUUGUAAGUGACAGGUGCAGAGUUAGGCUUUGGAUUCAUUUCUUAGAAGUCUGGUCAUUUAAGAAAAAGUAGGGCUACAACUUCUUAUGGAAACCUAAAUUUGUAGGGUUUGCAGAUGGCGUGCAUAUUGUUUGAAUACCGAAUAUGAUAUUCUGUUAACAAAAUUCUGUUAGCAAAACAGUCUCAGUCAUAUCUGCUUUGCACAGGUAAAACCAUUGCCUCAAAAAGGUCUUACACCAGACUUCUUUCUCCCUCCCUUCAUUUCACUUAAAAUCUUAAAACAAUGUAUAUGGAUUGAACAUACACCUCUACAGGCUUUGGAAGUGACACGAGAAUACUUUAAAAUAAAUGUGCAGACAUGCCUUGUGAUUGAUUACAGUCAACCAUUGGAUCAGGAUAUGCUUUCUCUGGAUUCAUAUAAGCCCUGGCUGGGUGGUGUCCUGUUAGUCACAACCACAAAUCCCUUUACUCAGUAGUCCAUUUUGACCACCAAAUAGCUGAUGUUGGAGGUUGCAAGACCUGAGUAGACAAAAAAGUAUGCAAGCCAGAAGUAGGGGAGUGGCAGUGAUGAAAGUAAUUGAAUGAAAGCACCCCCUCUUAUCUACUCAUAUAGCAUCAAGGCUGCUACACUGGCAGAAGAUGGGGGAGGGACCAUUUCCUUAUUGCAGCCUACAAUCCCGCAUGGCUUUUUCUUCAUGCAGGUCCUGUGACCACCAGCACCAGCUUUCUAGGAGAAGGGGAACAUGCAGAAAAGAACUGCAUCUGGCAGAAGAUGGGAAUCAACCCAGAGGCCUGAAGAGCAAAAUCUUGUCUUUAUGAUCUUAAAGACUACAAAAUAUGAGCAGAAUACUAAGAGGAUUUUAUGAAUAAUUGCUUUGUUUCAUUCUGUUUAAACAUACAAAAUGUGGCAUUGUGUGGAAAGUUAGGUAAGCCCCAGGACACUUUGCAGAGCAGGACCUGGCUCUCCAGGUCUUCAGUUUCAUGACUGACAUGGCAGAGUUGUGGGAUAUUUUCUGCAUAUAUACAUUUUAAGGUAUUCAUAUGACUAGAGGUUUUAAAACAAAGGCCCUUGCCCAUUCUCCAGUUCUUGAGGUGUCUGCAUUUCUCCCUUCACUGACAUGUAUCGGCUUCAAUACCCGCUAUGCCCAUUGAGCUUAGGAGGGAUAAGGGGGAGGGGAUUCAUUGCUAUUGUGUUAUGCUUUGGUUCUCUCAGCACUUCUCUGUACUCUCUGAAAGAGAGGAGUUAGCAAAGAGCCACUUCUGUCUUUCAUCUCCUCCCUGACACUCCCUUCAGUUGAGGCCACAGAAGUUUUUUUUUAGGCCUCUUCCUUUCUUAAUCAUUUAUCAAUAGCUCCACACCAGCCUCUCCUUCCUGUUUGCCUUUCCUUGCUCUGGAAUAGCCACAGCUUCUCAGGAUAACAUCCAGGGAGGGGGUUCUUCUUGCUACCUUUACAACAAGAUUGUUCCACAUAUCACAUGCCCAGUAAUAUAAUCUAGUAUGGGGAUUGACUAGACCCACAAUAGGUCAAAGAAAUAUUAAGUGGGUUUGAUUGUGUAUAGCAUCAGCUGCCACAACUCCCCUGCCAUUUUAUAAAGUAUUUCUCUUUGAAAAUCCAGGAAUAGAACACUAGCAAAAAACCAGGGUGAAAAUGUAAGAAAAUACCAUGUAUGUAAGUUUUCUACUUCAUCCUGAAUAUGCAACUGAGUUUAAAAAAUGACCUCCUGUACGAUUAGAGUAUAUAUUGCAAUUUAUUUUAAAAACCACAAGUACUGGGAUAUGAAACACUUCAGGGUGAUUGAUCUUAUUAAGGUUGAGGAACAUGUGGAGUAUGGAGUUCUACAAUAUAAGACUGAAACCAAAACUCGAUCAGUUUUUUCCACUUUUCUUGACCAAUCUGAUCUCACAGAUGAAGGUUUUAAUGGAUAUUUCACUGUAUAGAGAAGCAAGCAGCCUAACUUAAUGCUAGCUAACUAAAAUGUUAUGCAGUGCUAUACAGCAAAAAAA